GGAAAGACCUUUGCUCAAAGAGGUAAUCUUAUUUCCCAUAAGACGAUCCACACAAGCGAGAAGCCGUAUAAAUGCAUGGAGUGUGGAAAGACCGUUGCUCGAAGAGGUGAACUUAUUUCCCAUAAGAUGAUCCACACAGGGGAGAAACCGUAUAAAUGCAUGGAGUGUGGAAAGGCCUUUGCUCAAAGAGGUAAUCUUAUUUCCCAUAAGAUGAUCCACACCGGGGAGAAGCCAUAUAAAUGCAUGGAGUGUGGAAAAACCUUUGCUCAAAAAGGUCAUCUUAUUUCCCAUAAGAUGAUCCACAUAGUGGAGGAGCCGUAUAAAUGCAUGGAGUGUGGAAAGACCUUUGCUCAAAGAGGUCAUCUUAUUUCCCAUAAGUUGAUCCACACAGGGGAGAAGCCGUAUAAAUGCAUGGAAUGUGGAAAGACCUUUGCUCAAAGAGGUCAUCUUAUUUCCCAUAAGAGGAUCCACACAGGGGAGAAGCCGUAUAAAUGUAUGGAAUGUGGAAAGACCUUUGCUCAAAGAGGUCAUUUUAUUUGCCAUAAGAGGAUCCACACAGGGGAGAAACCAUAUAAAUGCAUGGAGUGUGGAAAAACCUUUGCUCAAAGAGGCAGUCUUAUUUCUCAUAAGACGAUCCACACAGGAGAGAAGCCAUUUAAAUGCAUGGAAUGUGGAAAGACAUUUGCUCAAAGAAGUAAUUUUAUUUCACAUAAGAGGCUCCACAGAGGGGAGAAGGUGUAUAAAUGCAUGGAGUGUGGAAAGACCUUUGCUCAAAGAGGUCAUCUUCUUUGCCAUAAGAGGAUCCACACAGGGGAGAAACCGUAUAAAUGUAUGGAGUGUGGAAAGACCUUUGGUCAAAUAAAUAAUUUUAUUUCCCAUAAGAGGAUCCACACAGGGGAAAAGCCAUUUAAAUGCAUAGAGUGUGGAAAGAACUUUGCACGAAGAGGUAAUCUUAUUCGCCACAAGACAAUCCACACAGGGGAGAAGCCAUAUAAAUGUAUGGAAUGUGGAAAGACCUUUGCUCAAAGAAGUCAUCUUAUUCGCCAUAAGACGAUACACACAGGGGAGAAGCCGUAUAAAUGCAUCGAGUGUGGAAAGACCUUUGCUCAAAGAGUUAAUCUUAUUUCCCAUAAUAUGAUCCAUACAGGGGAGAAACCGUAUAAAUGCAUGGAAUGUGGAAAGUCCUUUGCUCAAAGAGGUAGUCUUAUUUCACAUAUGAGAAGCCACACAGGGGAGAAGCCAUAUAAAUGCAUGGAGUGUGGAAAGAACUUUGCUCAACAACGUAGUCUUAUUUCCCAUAAGAGGAUCCACACAAGGGAGAAGCUGUGACUUCAAUCCUAGUUAGAGACAGACCUAGGGUCUCCUGCUUGGGCAGGGGAUUGGACUAGAUGACAUGGAAGCUUUGUAACUUUUUAUGCAUACGAGGUGGUUCCCAAUCAAGUACCGCCUGCACUUUUAAUGGGUCCAUUUCUACGCCCUGGUGUAAAAUGCGGUACCGUAAAUAAUCAUUUUUUUUCUUGGUGGAAUUCACAUUUGGAGAGUUUAGCAAGUUUGGUGAAGUGGGGUUUUACAUGUUCUGCUUUGGUCUCAGUAUAUACCAAAAUUACCUCCACUAGACCGAUACGAUCGCAUCGAUUAGGCCUCCUCCGAAUUCCAUCUACUAGCC